UUCUAAAUUUGUUCAGUCUCAGUCGCUUUUGUCCCUCUUUUGGUUCCUGUCAAAAUGUGCCGCAACUGCCUCAAAGAAGACACUCCAGCCCGGGGCACGACGUGCUUGGACACUGGCGCGUAUCUCGUCAACUUCAAGGGCUGCGCGCAAUGCCAGUCGUUCGAGUUCCCGCGCGAGCAGGAUCGCAAAGUGGACGAGGACGACGAGACGGGCGAAGAGACAGUCACAUUCACGCAUGUCUGCAAACAAUGCAAUCACGUCAUUGCAGAGCACAAUUACACGUUUGAAAUCGAAGACGGAUAUCAGGAAUACACAAUGGAGUGCCAGCUCUGCGGUACGGCAGAUGACACUGCAAGUGUCUUGCCGGACGAUCCUCGCAAGGCGCAGACAUUGUUCUAAUAAAAAAUGAAAAAGUUGGUAUC